UUCAAAUUGUUUAGAUUAGCGGAGAGAGAGAGAAGACUGAGAGGAUAGAGUGAGGGAAAGAUCAAGCUUUGUUUGCCAAUAAUGGCGCAGAAGAAGUAUAUUUUUGAGGUUGAAAAGGCAAAGGAAUCGAAGGAUGGAAGGCCUUCGGUAGGAGCGGUUUAUCGGAGUGUGUUCGCUAAGGAUGGGUUUCCGCAGCUAUCUUCAGGAUUGGAGAGCUGCUGGGAUAUUUUUCGGUUAUCUGUUGAAAAGUAUCCUGCAAAUCGAAUGCUUGGUCGUCGAGAGAUAGUGAAUGGGAAGGCUGGUAAAUAUGUGUGGCGAACUUACAAGGAAGUAUUUGAUAUUGUCAUGAAAGUUGGACAUUCCAUCCGUAGCUGUGGUGUUGAACCAGGAGGGAGAUGUGGUAUAUAUGGUGUCAAUUGUCCCGAGUGGAUGAUAAGUAUGCAGGCUUGCAAUGCUCAUGCACUUUAUUGUGUUCCUCUAUAUGAUACUCUUGGUGCUGGUGCUGUGGAAUAUAUUAUAUGCCAUGCAGAGGUUUCAAUUGCAUUCGCAGAAGAAAAGAAGAUUCCAGAGCUGCUGAAAACAUUUCCAAAGACAACAGAAUAUUUGAAAACGAUUGUGAGUUUUGGCAACGUUGCACCUGAACUAAGAGAAGAGGUCCAGAAGUUUGGUUUGGCAAUAUAUUCAUGGGACGAAUUUUUGCAACUGGGAGAUGAUAAACAAUUUGAUCUUCCAGUGAAAAAGAAGUCGGACAUUUCUACAAUUAUGUAUACAAGUGGAACAACUGGUGAUCCCAAGGGAGUACUGAUUUCCAACAAUGCUAUUGUUACUCUUAUAGUGGGAGUAGAACGGAUGCUAGAGCGUGUGAAUGAACAGUUGACUACAGUUGAUGUUUUUAUGUCCUACCUUCCUCUGGCUCAUAUCUUUGAUCGGGUGAUUGAGGAGUUGUUUAUUCAUCAUGGUGCCUCAAUAGGAUUUUGGCGUGGGGAUGUCAAAUUGAUGAUUGAAGACCUUGGGGAGCUAAAACCAACUAUUUUCUGCGCUGUUCCACGUGUGUUGGAUAGGAUAUAUUCAGGUCUGACAGAGAAGGUAUCUUCUGGGGGAUUCUUGAAGAGCACAUUGUUUAACAUUGCAUACUCAUACAAACUAAAUAACAUGAAGAAAGGGUAUAAACAUGAGGAGGCCUCUCCACUUUGUGACAAAAUUGUUUUUGGCAAGGUAAAGCAAGGUUUAGGAGGGAAUGUACGACUCAUUUUAUCUGGAGCCGCUCCUCUUGCAAAUCAUGUUGAAGCUUUUCUGCGUGUGGUGACAUGUGCCCAUGUCUUACAAGGAUAUGGCCUGACGGAAACAUGUGCGGGGACAUUUGUCUCCCUACCAAAUGAACUAUCAAUGCUUGGUACAGUAGGACCUCCUAUUCCAAAUGUAGAUGUAUGCUUGGAGUCUGUUCCGGAAAUGGGAUAUGAUGCCCUUUCAAGUACUCCACGGGGAGAAAUUUGUAUACGGGGAGGAACCCUGUUUUCAGGAUACUUCAAACGUGAAGACCUCACCAGAGAGGUAUUGAUUGAUGGAUGGUUCCACACAGGAGACAUUGGUGAGUGGCAACCAAAUGGAACCAUGAAGAUUGUUGACCGCAAGAAGAACAUCUUCAAACUUUCACAAGGAGAAUAUGUUGCUGUUGAGAACCUUGAAAACAUUUAUGGUCUUGCUUCUGCUGUCGAUGCAAUAUGGGUUUAUGGGAACAGCUUUGAAUCCUUCCUGGUUGCUGUCGUCAACCCCAAUCAGCAGGCCCUAGAGCGUUGCGCUGAAGCAAAUGGAAUAACGGGGGAUUUUAUUUCCCUCUGUGAGAAUCCCAAGAUUAAGGAAUUCAUCAUUGGAGAACUCACCAAGAUUGGGAAGGAAAAGAAGUUAAAAGGUUUUGAGUUUAUCAAGGCUGUCCACCUUGACCCAGUGCCAUUUGACAUGGAGCGUGAUCUUAUAACCUCUACCUACAAGAAGAAGAGGCCUCAGUUGCUGAAAUACUAUCAGAGUGCUAUUGACAACAUGUACAAAGCAGCAAAGUGAGCAUUUGGCCCUGCUGGGGUCGAGGCCUGAUCAAGUAUUUGUUAUUGGCCUUCAAGUCUUUGCCUCACAUCUUAUUUGGUAUAAA